UCUAAUUUGCGUUUUAGUGGGAAAUAUUUUCAAAGCUAUGCCGCCCGGGUGCUGCGCGACGGCGGCGGCGGCGAUCGCCUCCAUCGCUCCUCCACGGAUUUCUUCCAAUCGCGGCGGGUCGAAGAGAUCGCAAUGCAACCGCGGCGGAAUCGCGCGGGCGAAGUUUGCAUUGCCGGCGCUUCCCUACGAAUCGAGUGCGCUGGAGCCUUACAUGAGCAAGAAGACGCUGGAGGUCCACUGGGGAAAGCACCAGCGAGGAUACAUUGAGAAUCUAAACAGGCAAAUCGCAAAUACUCCGCUCGAGGGCUAUCUCUUGGAAGACAUUGUCAAGAUAAGUUACAAUAGAGGAAGCCCCCAACCGGCAUUCAACAAUGCAGCGCAGGCUUGGAAUCACGAUUUCUUCUUCACUUCUCUCAAGCCUGGAGGUGGCAAAUCUCCGACUGGCGAGAUUGCCGAGCUUAUUGACAAGCAGCUUGGCUCUUACGAUAAUUUUGUCAAGGAGUUCAAGCUCGCGGCAGCUUCUCAAUUUGGUGCUGGUUGGGCAUGGCUUGCUCUGAAGGAAGCGAAGCUGGUCGUUGAGAAAACUCCAAACGCUAUUAAUCCUCUCAUUUGGGAUCACAUUCCAUUGCUUGUGCUCGAUGUUUGGGAGCACGCUUACUAUCUCGAUUUCCAAAACAACAGGCCAGACUACGUGUCUACAUUCCUGGAGCAUCUAGUAAACUGGGACAUCGUGAAUGCAAGACUGGAUCGAGCAAAAGCGUUCAUGAACUGGGGAGAGCCGGAUUGGGACCUCUUCGACAAGGAUGCAGAUAUCUUAACUUACGAGGAGGCCGGGAUCGACGUGGUUGAAGAUUCAAGCUGAGAAAAGCAAGUGAAGCUCCUCAAGCAACAUGGCUGCAGACAAACUCGGCAAAGCUUUGUUAGAGUUUGUAGCCAUAGGAGUGGCAAAAGCGGACGCAAGCAGCUCGCCAGGUGUGUACUGCCAAAUUGCUUUGUCCGGGAAAUAUGAUCCUUCUCUUUUCAGCCACAGGAGGACGAGGGACAAGAAACAAACUAUUUCAUCGCUUAUACUUAGAUCUGACACGGAAAGUUUUAGACGAGUAAAGCAAGCAGCUAAACGAUCAAUCAAAACUAGCAGAGUGGGCUAGCUUGUUUGCU